UGGGAAUGCCCAUGGGAGGAAGGAUCCUGCUUCCACGAUCCAUAAUUUAGAUCUCUGUGUGCUGGAACAUAACCUCAGUGGCAUGUUACACAGUCAAUGAAUUCCAUUGUGGUGUAAGUGUUGGUGGAGGAAAUCUAAGGCUGGGUCAAGAUGGCGUCUGUGUUUCGGAGUGAGGAGAUGUGUCUUUCCCAGCUGUUCCUCCAGGUGGAGGCUGCUUACUGCUGCGUAGCUGAGCUUGGAGAGCUUGGGUUGGUUCAGUUCAAAGAUUUAAAUGCAAAUGUGAACAGCUUCCAGAGGAGAUUUGUAAAUGAAGUCCGAAGAUGUGAGUCCCUGGAGAGAAUCCUCCGCUUUUUAGAAGAUGAGAUGCAAAAUGAGAUUAUAAUCCAGCUGCCGGAGAAGGACCCAGAGACUCCUCUUCCCCGGGAAAUGAUCACCCUGGAGACCAUUCUAGAAAAAUUGGAAGGAGAAUUACAGGAAGCCAACCAGAACCAACAGGCUUUGAAGAAGAGCUUUCUAGAACUGACAGAACUCAAAUAUCUCCUGAAGAAAACUCAGGACUUUUUUGAGACAGAAACCAAUUUGGCUGAAGAUUUCUUUGUUGAAGAUACUUCUGGUCUCUUGGAGUUAAGACCCAUGCCUGCUUUCAUGACUGGAAAGUUGGGGUUCACUGCCGGCGUGAUUAACAGGGAAAGGAUGGCUUCCUUUGAGAGGCUGCUGUGGAGAGUUUGCCGGGGAAAUGUCUACCUGAAGUUCAGCGAGAUGGACACACUCCUGGAGGAUCCUGUGACGAAAGAAGAAAUUAAAAAGAAUAUAUUCAUCAUAUUUUAUCAAGGAGAACAACUCAGGCAGAAGAUCAAGAAGAUCUGUGACGGGUUUCGAGCCACCAUCUACCCCUGUCCAGAGCCUGCAGCCGAGCGCAAAGAGAUGCUGGCCAACGUCAACAUGAGGCUAGAAGACUUAAUCACUGUCAUCACCCAAACGGAGUCUCACCGCCAGCGCCUGCUGCAGGAAGCAGCUGCCAACUGGCAGUCUUGGGUCGUCAAAGUGCAGAAGAUGAAGGCUGUGUACCACAUCCUGAACAUGUGUAACAUUGAUGUCACCCAGCAGUGCGUCAUUGCUGAGAUCUGGUUCCCAGUGGCAGAUGCCGGGCGCAUCAAGAAGGCGCUGGAGCAGGGCAUGGAACUCAGUGGCUCCUCUAUGGUCCCCAUCAUGACAGAAGUGGAAGCUAAAACAGACCCCCCUACCUUCAACAGGACCAAUAAAUUCACAGCUGGCUUCCAGAACAUCGUUGAUGCGUAUGGGGUAGGCAGUUACCGAGAGAUAAACCCAGCUCCUUACACCAUCAUCACCUUCCCCUUCCUGUUCGCUGUGAUGUUUGGAGACUGUGGUCAUGGGAUGGUGAUGUUGAUGGCAGCCCUGUGGAUGGUCCUAAAUGAGAAACACUUGCUGGCUCAGAAGAGCACCAAUGAGAUCUGGAACACCUUCUUCAAUGGGCGCUACUUGAUCCUGCUCAUGGGCAUCUUCUCUAUCUAUACUGGUUUGAUCUACAACGACUGUUUCUCCAAAUCUUUCAACAUCUUCGGCUCUUCUUGGAGCGUCCAGCCCAUGUUCAGAAAUGGCACAUGGAAUGCUCACAUCGUGGAGAAAAGUCCGUAUUUACAGCUGGACCCAGCUGUUCCAGGAGUGUAUUCUGGAAAUCCCUACCCAUUUGGGAUUGAUCCGAUUUGGAACCUGGCUUCAAACAAACUCACAUUCUUGAACUCCUAUAAGAUGAAGAUGUCAGUUAUCCUGGGAAUCGUCCAGAUGGUUUUCGGUGUGAUUCUCAGUCUCUUCAAUCACAUAUACUUCAGGAGAACUCUCAACAUCACCCUCCAGUUCAUCCCUGAGAUGAUCUUUAUGCUCAGCCUCUUUGGAUACCUGGUUUUCAUGAUCAUUUUCAAGUGGUGUCGGUAUGAUGCCCACACAUCCCAGAAGGCCCCCAGCAUCCUCAUCCACUUCAUCAACAUGUUUCUGUUUGACUACAAUGACUCCUCCAAUGCACCCCUGUACAAUCGUCAGCAAGAAGUCCAGACUUUCUUUGUUAUUAUGGCGCUGGUUUCUGUGCCAUGGAUGCUUCUGAUUAAGCCAUUUAUUCUUAGAGCCAAGCACCGGAAAUCUCAGCAGCUGCAGUCUUUCACGAUCCAUGAAGAUGCUAUGGAGGACAUCGAAGGUGACCACUCCAGUGCCCCUGCUCAGAAGACUCCUGCAGGUGCCCAUGGGGCUCAGGAUGACCACGAGAAGGAGUUCAACUUCGGCGACAUCUUUGUCCAUCAAGCCAUCCACACCAUUGAGUACUGUCUGGGUUGCAUCUCCAACACAGCCUCGUACCUCCGGCUCUGGGCCCUCAGCUUGGCUCAUGCAGAGCUGUCAGAGGUGCUCUGGACCAUGGUGAUGAACAUCGGCCUCCACCUGCAAGGCUGGGGUGGGCUCAUUGGGGUCUUCAUCAUUUUUGCUGUCUUCGCUGUCUUGACGGUCGCCAUCCUCCUCAUCAUGGAGGGCCUCUCUGCCUUCCUGCAUGCUCUGCGGCUGCACUGGGUGGAGUUCCAGAACAAGUUCUAUGUCGGAGCUGGGUACAAGUUCUCCCCCUUUUCCUUUAAGGAUAUCUUGGAAGGAACGACUGAGGAAUAGACUUCUUUGCAUCUCCUGUGCCAGUGCCUCUACCAGCUAAAGAAGUUCAAACUUGUCUCUGAUGUCAGCCCAGGUCAGGCGUUCCGCGCAGCAAUUGUUCUUGGCUACCUGAAUGUGAAGCUGUGUAUUACUUGGCUAAACAUCUUGGGAAUUGCUCUGAUUUAACCAGGUCAUUGAGGAGUUACUUUUGUAAAUCCUUUUGGCUUCAUGUGUGGUCUUAAUGAUCAAACAAUAAAAUGACUAAGAAAGGGGGGGGCAUAAAACUAAUUUCGUCUUACAAUAUUUUAUUUUAUUAUUUUUUGAGACAAGGUCUCAUAUAGCUCAAACUGUCCUUAAACUAUAUAGUCAAAUAUGACCUUAAACUUCUGACCCUCUCACCACCACUUUCCAAAUGCUGAGGUUAUUAGGCAUCUGCUGCCCCACCUGGCUAUCUUUUGAUAUUUUCUAUAUUAUAGUCAAGAAAAUAAAUAUUUGGGUUACGUA